CAAGCGUUAGAUUUAAUGAAACGCUCUUUUUCCUGCACCAAGCAGGCUCCCUCUGGAUAAAAAAGGGCUCGACUAACGCUGAGAAAGCUCGAGCGGGGAGAACGGCGAAGUUCCGUGCUGCAGGGAGCUGAGCGUAUGCAAAGCCGGCGCGGGCGCGCGCGGGCGGGGCCGAGAGUCCCUCUCUUUGGCGGGUUCAGCGCUUUUUCGCUGUUUGGAGUAAAUGAGGGGGAAUGUGGAUUUUCCGGGGCCAAUCGCAAGGCUAGGCUGGACAGCGAGCUGCUGAUUGGCUGGGCGGAGGUUCUUAGCCUGUGCGUAGCCCCUAGUUCAUGUCUACUGAACUGAGUCCAGCUGGCGCCAGAGCUGACAUAGGAUGCUUUGGGGAUGUUACAAAAAAGGCCAGAAUAAGUGGAGCUUGCCAUCUGAGAAAGAGCCUCCAUCCAAUCCUCCUCUCUCGCUCGCUCUCCAUCGCCUCUCCCUCCCUCACCCUUUCUGCAUUUCCAUCCUCCAAACCAUCCUCCGUCACCCCCACCCCCCAUUUACAACCUCAUAAAGAAACUUUUCAAACAUUAGGAGUUUGAUUCAGUCUGCUUGGAAGAGCUCUCUCUGUAAGUAUGUUUGUUAGAGGAGCAGGGAUGGGGUGGGGUGGAGGGGAGCGAAAAGGACGGCCGGGUUUAUUCCGCAAGAAGAAUAUGCUUUCGAAUGGCUUUUUUUAAAAAACGCGUUUAUACCGUUGGUAUUUUCCUUUUAUUUUAUCUCAGUUUGAGCUCUUUUUACAAACACACGUAGAUCAAAGGAUUGUUUCACUUUCUCCUUUUAUUACGAUUAGAGAAACUCCGCUUAUUGACAACUCCAGAAAAGUUUGUGCUACUUUUGUAGAGAUAGUAGCUAUUUGUUUUUUUAAUGUCUAGGGGCAAGGCAAACUCUGAGGGGAGGGGAACCCUCCCUCCCUCCACACUUCUCCACACAAGUUCUGCCGCACGGCAUCUGCGGGAUUUUAAUGUGUGCUUUUUGGAGCACAUCUUCAAAAGGCAUGUAAAGUACUAACCGUGCCUUCCUUCUUACAGGUGGUGAGCCCAGGUGUGUGGCAGGAGCCUCUUUCCGCAACUUCCCUGUUUUUAAAAAGAGGGACACAGAGUUACUUUUGAUUCUCCUCCGAGGCCAACCCCAGCCGCUUUUGAGAUUUCCAUCAUUUAAAACCAAGCCAAGCUAAACCAAACCAAAACGGUUUGGGGUCGGAGGGAGGGGUCUAGGGGUGGUGUGGGGGAGAAACCCACAGAAAUGGAGGUAGCCACGGACCAGCCGCGUUGGAUGGCCCAUCACGCCGUACUGAACGGGCAGCACCCAGAAACGCAUCACCCGGGACUGGCGCAUAACUAUAUGGAACCGGCGCAACUCCUACCUCCAGACGAAGUGGAUGUCUUCUUCAAUCAUCUGGACUCCCAGGGCAACCCAUACUAUGCCAACUCAGCCCAUGCCAGAGCCAGAGUUUCCUACAGCCAGGCGCACGCCCGACUGACUGGGAGCCAAAUGUGCCGGCCUCACUUGCUCCACAGCCCCGGCCUGCCCUGGCUGGACAGCGGCAAAGCGGCGCUCUCGGCAGCCCACCAUCACAACCCGUGGACGGUGAACCCCUUCACCAAGGGGCCCUUGCACCCUUCCGCGGCCGGCGCGCCGCCCGGCGCCAUCUCAGUGUACCCCGGCGGCGGCAGCUCGGCGUCGAGCGCGGCCUCGGCUUCUUCCCUCACGCCGGCCUCCCACUCGGGCUCGCACCUCUUCGGCUUCCCGCCCACGCCGCCCAAGGAAGUCUCGCCGGACCCCAAUGCCAGCAGCAGCGCCGCUUCGCCCGCCUCGGCCUCGGCCGGCGGCGGCCGGCAGGACGACAAGGAGCCGCUCAAGUACCAGGUGGCCCUGGCCGACGGCAUGAAGAUGGAGAGCGCCAGCCCGCUGCGCAGCAGCCUCGCCGCCUCCAUGGGCGCGCAGCCCUCCACGCACCACCCCAUCCCCACCUACCCUUCCUACGUGCCCGCCGCCCACGACUACGGCGGCAGCCUCUUCCACCCCGGCAGCUUCCUCGGGGGGCCCGCCUCCAGCUUCACCCCCAAGCAGAGGAGCAAAGCCCGGUCCUGCUCAGAAGGCAGAGAGUGUGUCAACUGUGGAGCUACUGCCACCCCUCUCUGGAGAAGAGACGGUACUGGGCAUUACCUGUGUAACGCCUGCGGGCUCUACCACAAAAUGAACGGUCAAAAUCGACCUCUUAUUAAACCUAAACGGAGACUGUCAGCAGCCAGGAGAGCAGGAACAUGUUGUGCCAAUUGCCAGACAACCACCACCACCUUAUGGCGACGCAAUGCAAAUGGGGACCCAGUCUGCAAUGCCUGUGGACUUUACUAUAAAUUGCACAAUGUGAACAGGCCUCUGACCAUGAAGAAGGAAGGGAUUCAGACCAGAAAUAGGAAAAUGUCCAACAAGUCCAAGAAGAGCAAGAAAGGUUCUGAGUGUUUUGAGGAACUUUCCAAGUGCAUGCAAGAGAAGUCUUCUCCUUUCAGUGCUGCUGCCCUUGCUAGUCACAUGACACCUAUGGGGCACUUGCCACCUUUCAGCCACUCUGGACACAUCCUACCAACGCCUACCCCCAUUCACCCAUCUUCCAGCAUCUCAUUUGGACAUCCACAUCCAUCCAGCAUGGUCACAGCCAUGGGAUAGAAUCUGAAGAUCCUAACAGACUACAAAUACUGGGCUUUGCCUAAGAUGACAGCAAGGAAAGUUUCUGCCCAGAAGAGAGAAUGUAGGGAAGGAAGGAAGGAAAGAAGGAAGGAAGGAAGGAAAAAGGGGAUCUCAUUCCAGUGUGGUUCAACUCCUAGUGCUAUACUCAAACUGUGUAAUGAUGGGUCUUCUGCAGAAAUGCUUAAUGGUGCCUGUUAUGCACUUUGCCCCCUCAGGUAAAAGGAGAAAGAGGAACUCACCUGUUUGAUAUGAUAAACCUGCUGGUCCCAGCAGAAAGUAAAGGUGGCUGAAACAGUAGAAGAAGCUGGAGCCAGCUUUUCUUUCUCUUUGUUAAUUACUGUGAAUAUUGUAAAGAGAUUAGCGGCCUCCCAAUGCAGAGGAAGCUCAGUGGUAGCUGCCCAUGCUGGAUUUCUAUCACAGACUGCUUUUGAGGGAGGAAAAAAUGGACAACUUUAUAAAAAAAAAAAUCUACUUUUUAAAAAAAAAUCAGACACAGAAAAAGUCAUUAUUUAUUUUGCUCUUGUGUUCCAAAAAGAGCUUCAAAACUCUUGCAUGUAUUUGUGGAUCUUUUAUUUUAUUUUGCUCAAAGACACACCUAUCCUAGUAGAAAACAGUUUUGAAUUAUUAUUAUUAUUAUUAUUGCUUAAUGGCCACAUUUUUUAUUCUCUUCAUUGCUUUUAGAUUUGAUAAAAAUCUACUAGGAACUGGGAUGCGUAUAUGAGAAAGGGAAACAUGUAGCUCCAGCAUAGGUUAACAAUAGUCUCAAGGUGCAGCUUAUUUUGACAUAAUUUCUGCAUUCUUUUCCUCAAUGUGAAGAUCUUUCUUCAAAAACAUGGCAUCCUACAAAAAGACAAACUAGACAAAUGGCUGAAAGGGUUUCCAUAGGGAACAGUCCUGCAGUGGCUGGAGGCCGAAUGCAGGGCAUUGGUAUGUCCCAUCAAAUUUAACUGGCUGUAGGGGACAGUAACAGGUGUGCUGUCAUGCCCUGGCUCCUCUGACUCCUCUCCCUUGCUUUCUGUUCGUUGCCAGUCUCUCCUCUGACUCCCCACACAGCCUCCCUUAAUUGCUUCUGUCGCUCUCAAACAGCCUGUGGCCAGCCUGGCUAGGAGUAGUGGGAGAUGUAGUUCAGCACAUCUAGAGGCCACCCAGUUGGGAAAGGCUGCUUUAGACAGCCAUUCCUGAGCCCUCUUCCACUGUGUUGCAUGAGACUGCAGCUGUUUCAUCCACCUGGUUCAGUAAUCCUGAUUUGCUCAGUGACUGUCCUGUACCCGCUGGUCCCUGGUCAGUGCAGGGCUUCCCCUCUGCUGCUCUCGCUACUCCUGUGCCCUUUUCUGCCACACUUUACAGUCUCAGAAGAGCAUGAACAAGCCCUUGUGCAGCCCUGGCUGCUGUGUUGAUAAUCUCAGUCCUGAACUAGGAUGGAGAUCUAAAAACAAUUCCCUUCAGGGAGCAGUCCUUGAACCACUUACGUUCAUUCUGGUGGAUCUUGUGCAAAAGUGCUUGCUAUAUAGGAAUACGGGCAGAUUAAAGAUGCCGUGAGCUGUCUUAUACAUAGUCCAUUGAUCCAUCUUGGCCAGUAUUGUCUAUUCUGACUGGUGGUGGUAGCUGGCCUCCCAGGGGUCAGGCAAGGUGUGUCUUUCUUCCCUUUGUUUUUCUGAGAUUGUUUAACAGGAAGUGCCAAGUCUGGAACCUUCAUGACCGUUGACAUGCAAAGCACCCAUGCUGUGGUAGAACUACUUGUUCCUCUGGUGGAUUGGGUUUAAUAUACAACAACAACCAGUUCAGGACAGAAAACACUUGUAAGCUGAACAACACUGAAAGGAUCCAUCGUGGUGGCUUGGUUUUGUUUCGUUUUUUCUGUCUCAUUAGCUGAUGUUGCUGAAGAUACAAGAAGUAUUGUGUAGUUAAUCUCCUACUAUAUAUUCUUGAUACUGUGUCCAAGCAGAGCUGGAAUUUGCAGUCCAUAGGCAUGCAUGCCAGAGCAAGUUUCCUAUUUGGUAAGGGAAAGGCACAGAAAGUAUGUGAAGAUCUACAAGGCAGACAGGAAAGAAAGUGGCUACCAUUUUCAGAUUCUUCCACUAGUUAGCUGUGGCAACAAGCAACUGAGCAAGGAAAGCUAGUUCUGGUUGUUUCCUAUAGCACAUACGUUUUAUUUUUAAGGAAAUUCACAAGUGUUGAGAAAGAAAAGUUGUCUCCCAUUCUGAAACCAUAUUGUACUUUUAAAAAAACCUGAAAAUAAAGCUCUUGCCAGUGUGACGUGUAUCUCUUGAUUGUUAUGAUCUGAUUACUUUCAUGAUCAUAAGGUCCAGUAUAACAUAUGAUGUACAUAUUUAGCUAUAUUUCUGAUGGAAAAAACACCCCUGUGAGCAGAGGGGUUUGAUAAUGUAAACUGCAUAAGCUUAACUCUGUGACAAGCUUUUUAUUGUUUUUAAUUUUUUUUAAUCAAGUCAAUUGUAUCUUUAACUGCAAAAAGUCUGCUAAGAGCAAAAAUGAAGGUGUAUGUUUGUUCUUCACCCUGUCCUGAAAAUGUAAUUCAGCUAUUCAGUUUUUGGAUGAAAUGUCCAAGCAUCCUAAGGAAAACUGCUUUCCUCCUUUUCUGGUCCCUGUAGGCAUAUAUAGCUGCACUUUGUGAAGAAACAAAUUAUCACGUACAAAAAAGCAACAAACAAAACAGACAUUCUUCCUGGGAGAAAGCAUAUUUUCAAUUGAUCAGAAUGGCAAUUAUUUACUCCUUUUCCUGUGUGCGCGUGUGUGUGUGUGCGCGCACGUGAGAGAGAGAGAGAGAGAGAGAGAGAGAGAGAGAGAGAGAGAGAGAGAGAAGAGGGACUUGUUUAAAAAAUGGUACAACUAUACAUUAUUUGAAAUAAAUUCAAAUUCCUUUGAGAGUGGGAGGGUGAGUGAAUGAGGGAGCUUAUGAUAGGGAGCAAAUCCACCCAGCACUGCUGCUGCUGUACAGCCUUGGUUUGUCUUAGGGGACUGAGCCCUGCACAAGCCCCGCUUGUAGGAAAGGAGGCUGCUCAUCAGGAGUGUUUGCUGGGCAAGGGUCCACAGUUGACAAAGUGCAAUAUAUUGUCAGUCACUGCAGCCUAGUAGAACCGCAGUCAGGAUUUAAAUUAUUUUGUACUUGUAUCAGCAUAAAGAUUUGGCAGUAUUUUCUGUUUUUUUUAAAAUUUUGCUUAAGUUUUGGAUUAGUGAACUAAGUUAUUGUUAAUUAUGUACAACUUGUUUAUAUAUUGUCUGUAAAAAAAAAGUGUAUGCUUCCCUCAUAUUCCUUCAAGGUGAAUACUGCUAAGAAUAAUAAUAAAAAAUACCCCCUUUUUGUGAAA